GGGAAGUGUGACUGUGGGAAGUGCAAAUGUGAUGAAGGCUGGUAUGGUGAAGCUUGUCAGUACCCAACUACAUGCAAUAUUACAAGGAAGAAAAGCAAUGAAAUGUGCAAGAAUUCUCAAGAUAUCAUCUGCUCUAAUGCAGGCACAUGUCAGUGUGGCAGAUGUAAGUGUGAAAACUCUGAAGGGAAUGGUCUAAUCUAUGGUAAAUUUUGUGAAUGUGAUGACAGAGAAUGCAUAGAUGAUGAGACCGAAGAGAUCUGUACAGGCCAUGGAAAGUGUUACUGUGGAAACUGUUACUGUGAGGCUGGUUGGCAUGGAGAUAAAUGUGAAUUCCAGUGUGACAUCACCCCCUGGGAGAUCAAGAGAAGAUGCACAUCUCCAGAUGGCAAAAUUUGCAGCAAUAGAGGCACGUGUGUGUGUGGUGAAUGCACAUGCCAUGAUGUAGACCCAACUGGUGACUGGGGAGAUAUUCAUGGAGAUACCUGUGAGUGUGAUGAAAGGAACUGCAAAGCUGUCUAUGACAGAUAUUCUGAUGACUUCUGUUCAGGUCAUGGACAAUGUAACUGUGGAAGAUGUGACUGUAAAGGAGGAUGGACUGGAAAAAAGUGUGAACAUCCACAUUCUUGUCCAUUAUCAGUUGAAGAAAGCACUAAGAAAUGCCAAGGAAACUCUAAUUUACCAUGUUUUGGAAGAGCUGACACGCAACAGUCUAUGGACCUAUUCUCAUCACCCUGGGACAACUUCAGACUCACUAUCAUCACAAAGAAGACCAAAGUGAUGUUUCAACCUGUGCCUGGCACAACACCUCAGGAAUCACACAUCACUGCCAAUUGUUGGCCUUUAACUGAAGUCAACAAGUUUGCCUACCUAGACAGCACACUCUCCCGUGCUGUCCGCAUCGAUGAUGAAGUCAAUGUGAGGCUAGCAAAAGCCAGCGUGGCCUUCGGCGGACUCU